AUGGCUGAGCCUGCGCAGCCUGAAGCCCACGGCGGCGCACUUGGUGCAGGCAUCAAACAGGAGCACGACCUGAUGGGCCUCGAGGGCCUCGACUUUACUCUGCCGCCCGAAUUUACGAAUACGAAACGACCGCAUGAGCAGGAGGGCGAAUCACAUCAGGAAUCCAACGCCAAGCGGACGAAAACAGAGGAAGCCCAGACCGCGCAACAACAGCCCGAGGACGACCAUUCUCUGGAGGAUGGACUGGCGCUUCUCGUCCAGAACGCCCUAUCCAAUGUCGACGACCUUGUGGGACAAUUUGAUGCGCCGGUGGACGACAAUAUCGGUGACCCGAUGGACAUCGACGUUGCUGCGUUGCUAGAAAGCGUCACCCCCCCGCCAACAUUCUUUUCCGACCCUCUUAAAUACGUGCGCACCGUUCAGACCCAUACAUUAGGCAAUUUGUCCUUUACCAUCUUAUACUCUCUCAUACAACACCAACCCAUCGAUGAAGGCAUCCGAGCGAUACGAGAUGCAUACUCAGAUCACGGACGGACCUUUCGCCAUCUUCAAGACUCAUUAGAGAGCGUAUGGAAGCUCUUCACGAGCAAUGAUACGCUGUCUGCGGAAGACAUUAACGUGGACAGUAAUGCCGGCACGCUACUCGAGAUGGCUAACCUGGCCAAGUUGUGCAUUUGGCUCAUCCAAGCGAGCGCUGCAUCUUACUCCAUAGCCGAUUCGAAACUCCUUACGAUAUUCAACUGCCAGGUCUCCGAUCUGCCCAUCGGUCCUGCCGACCUGUACCUUGGAAUAAAGACGCAAAACUGCAUUCAGCAGCUGAUAAACAAGACUGAGGAACAACAAGUCGAGCAAUUGAUAACGCGGGCUCUCACGCAAGGGCUAGGAGACAAACUGAAAGCCCAACAUCCGGGAGACGACCUCCACAACGCCGACCAGGCUUUUAUUGCCUUGGCAACUAAACGCAAAAACGAGCUGAUAGCCGAGACGAAAGAAGCGAUUGAUUCAGAAUCGCUGAUCAAAAAGUAUCCUGCCGACGAAUUGUUAUGGACUUUCGCCGCAUACGUCAAGACACGAUUGGCAGCCCUGUCCGAUAUUGGCAGCGUUUAUGGAGUCCACAUGCACUUGGAAGUUGAUUCCGCGGAGUCGGUUACAUUUGGAGAUCUUGGUGGUAGCGCGGAUCUAGAUCUCGACGAUCUAUCUUCAUUCUUCGAGAAGACCGCUUCUGGGCUCGUGCAAGACGCUCUGGCAGGCCUAACAGAAGUCGAAGCUACCCCUUCAAUCGUCAUUGAUGCUCCUGAUGACAGCAACCCGACGAAUGGUACAAACGGCACGACCGCCAUGAACGGUACGGAUGGCGCAAUCGAUGCAAAUGGCGCAAAUGGCGCAAAUGGCGCAAACGGCACAGACAAGCCGGUUACGACCGCUGCCAGCGGAACUACCCCUGCCACAGGAAAGAUUGAUCUCAUGACUGACUACAAAGAGCUCGAGGCUUUGGUUGCGGAAAGCACGUCCAAUUAUGUCAAGACGACUCUCAACGGAUUAUCACCAGUGCCGUACCAGCCAACUGUUCCCACUAGCACAACGGAGAGCAUGGCUUCUCAACUUCCUUUCCUCAGUCACCUGCAACAACAAAACGGGCAGCAUCAUUAUUACUCUUUCUCGCAACCACAACCCACCCCGGAACAGCCACCACAACAACCUGCAUCUGGUGAGAAUCUACCUCCGAACCAGACAUGUCCAAGCGCCAUGCUAUAUGAUAAGGCGCGCCAAGCUGCACUCUCCAAAUCAUCCGCACAUACGAGACGGGAAGGGCUUCAUUCCACUCGCCGCCCCUGGACGCAGGAAGAAGAGAAGGCGCUCAUGGCCGGUCUUGACAUGGUCAAAGGACCGCAUUGGAGUCAAAUCCUUACGCUUUUUGGACAAAGUGGUACCAUUUCAGAUAUACUCAAAGAUCGGACGCAGGUGCAGCUCAAAGACAAGGCACGUAAUUUAAAGCUCUUCUUCCUGAAGACCAAUUCGGAGAUGCCAUACUACCUGCAGGCUGUCACAGGCGAGCUCAAGACCAGAGCCCCCACCCAGGCUGCCCGAAAAGAGGCCGAGGAGCGGGCAAGGAUGAAUUCGGAAGAAGAUCAGGCGAAACUCCAAGGGAUCAUGACCCUCGCAGGCGGUCUGCAACAUUUGCCUCAAGGACGAACCGGGGCUGCUGGUGUCGGUUCCGGUGUUGUCACUCCUGCACAAGCCGCCAGUGCUGCUCAAGCUGCCCAGGGCCGAGCAACCGCUAGCAUGGCGAAUAUCCCCAGAACCGUGGCCGCAACGAUAGCACAAGCGCAAGCCCGACAGGGGGCCAGGCGCAGCUUCCUCCUCAUGUUCCCCGACCCCAGUCUCAGCAAGCCCAGCAACGCCCACAGCCAGUUGUUCAUCAGCAAGUGCCUCAGCCUCAGCACCAACAGCACCAACAGCACCAGCAGCCACACCCGCAACACCAGCAGCAACCACAACAGCCAAAACCAAUGGCUCAGCCUCCACCAAUCCAGCCUGCCGUGCCACCUCCUCACCCAAUAG